GAAGUUAACAUAGCCCCCAUGUUUUAACAAUAUGGCGGUGGACAGAAACCUGUGUUGGCAACAGUUAAACUAUACAAAUUAAGCUCUUAUUUGCGGAGUAUUUGAGAAAUAAUUAGUCCUAUAUUUUUUAAAGUAAACAUUUUAGCUAUAUUUUCUGGUGUAGAAAUUACAAAGAUAAGUCUUCUUCGGUCUCUAGUUCGUUUAUCUCAACGACAGAAUGAGCAACAUUUACAUUCAAGAGCCUCCAACAAAUGGAAAGGUUCUGAUCAAAACCUCUGCUGGUGACAUCGACAUUGAGCUAUGGUCCAAAGAGGCUCCCAAGGCUGCCAGAAACUUUGUCCAGUUAUGUAUGGAAGGCUACUAUGAUGGAACACCGUUUCAUAGAGUGGUGCCAGAGUUCAUUGUCCAAGGAGGAGAUCCCACAGGAACCGGGACGGGGGGAGAGUCAAUCUAUGGACGGCCAUUCAAGGACGAGUUCCAUUCCAGACUGCGCUUUAACAGACGAGGUCUGGUUGCCAUGGCCAACGCAGGGCCCCAUGACAACAGCAGCCAGUUCUUUUUCACCCUUGCCCGGGCUGAUGAGCUCAACAACAAACACACCAUCUUUGGAAAGGUGACAGGAGAUACAGUGUACAACAUGCUGAGGUUAGCAGAAGUGGAAUGUGAUCAGGAUGAAAGACCUUUAAAUCCACACAAGAUACGAUCCACUGAGGUGUUGCAUUCUCCCUUCGAUGACAUCGUUCCACGUGAAAUGAAAAAAUCCAAAAAGGAUGAAGACAAAAAAGAGGGGAAGAAAUCUCAGUCCAAAGCCACCAAAAACUUCAGCCUGUUGUCUUUCGGAGAGGAAGCUGAGGAGGACGAGGAAACUGUAAACCGAGUCAGCCAGACGCUGAAGGGAAAAAGCAAAAGCAGUCAUGACCUGCUGAAGAACGACCCACAGCUGAGUUCUAUCCCCGCGGUCAACAAGAAAAAGACCAAAGGGGCACCUGGAGGAGCGGCAGAGGGGGAGGAUGAUGAGGCUGCGGAGGGAGACGCAGACGGCAAUGAAGAGGACUACGACUCUGACGAGAGACAAGAGAUGAGGGAACGCAUCUCUAUGAAGUUGAAGAAGAUGAAGGAGGAUGAGAAGAAGAGUACCGAGCUCAGCGAGGAGGACCGGGGAAAGAGGGCCAACCGCAGCGACGAGCUUCGUCAAGAGGCCCGCCAGUUGAAGAAGGACCUUCUAGCCAUCAAAAAGAGGAGAGAAGACAUUGCAAAUCCUCCACAGAAAGAGGAGGAAGACAGGGAAGAGAAGAAGCCAGGCAGUGAGGCGGUGGCGGAGUACCUGGAGGGCAAGAAGAAGUAUGAAGACCUGAGGAAACAGAAACAGAAGAAGGGCUCCACCAGGGAGGCCCAGACGCUGGCGCUACUGGACCGCUUCAAGUCCAAGCUGUCCUCAGCUAUCACUGAGACUUUGGAGGCCCCCGAGGAGGACCCAGAGGAGCUGGCGGAGGACGACGACAAAGGAUGGAUGGCCCAUGUUCUCCAGUUUGAUGAGCAAACCAGAAAAGUCAAGGAUGCCAACAUGCAGGACGAAGACACAUUUGAGAUCUACGAUCCACGCAACCCUGUCAACAAAAGGAGGAGAGAGGAGAGUAAGAAGAUCAUGAAGGAGAAGAAGGCCAAGAGGUGAGAGGUUAGAGGUCAGGGGUCACAGGGAAGACCAGGAGGUUAACCCUGGGCCAUGUGACAGAGCAGGCCUCUCUCCUCUCUUCCUUUCUAACCCACCACUUCAAAACAGCUGUCCGUCCUGACUGUUGAAAUGAGUGACCUUUGAACCACAGAAUGCCAUGAAUGAUGAAAACAGAGCUGUUACUUCAAAAGAUGUUGGUCUCCGUUCACAUCUGGACUGGGGGAACAGCUAACACCAAGUUAACUUGACUGCAGCCCAUCAGGGUAAUCCCUGAUAAAAGGGAAAUGCAAGUACAGCUGUAGCCAAUGCUAACCCUCCAUCGACAUGACAUAGUAUCGUUCCACCAUUCUGAACUGCAAUGUGAACCCACAUUUCCAAGAACAGGGUCAUUUUCUUAUCCUUUAGAACUGUACAUUGUCAAUGUAAAGAUGGAAAGCUUUGGAAGAGGGGAAAUGUUGAGAAAUUCCUAAUAACCCAGGUAAAGUCGUGAGGCUGAUGGAUACCAUUUUCAGUUAUCAUUGUCGACUUGACCCAAGCGCAAACUAAUUAAUAUUUUUCUGAUAAUAAAAUGCUAUCUAUCUGUCUAAGA